AUGGCUGAACUUGUGCCUCUCUCCCGCCAUCCCGGAACACCAGAUCCCACGGCAGCUCUUACACAAGCGUUGGAGGCAUUUGAGAGUGUCCUCACGAAGGAGCAAAAGCAAGAGUUUCAUAUGAGCAACCAAAGUCCAGACAUUUCUAGUGUUGUUACAUUCGUGGCGGAGAUUGAUGCCAAUAACAGUACUAAGACAAAGAGAAGCGUUGCAGUAAAGCUGUAUAAUUUUCUCGAAUCGACGCAGAAGUUCACUACCAUCGUGGACACAUUUGUCAGCUCUAAUCCUCAAAUCGCCGGUCUGAUUUGGGGAGGUUUAAAAGUGGCUAUCCUGUCAGCAAGCAAUAUCUCGUCCUAUUUUGACAAGCUUACAAGCAUGAUCAUGGCAAUUGGCAAGUCUUGUCCAAAAUACCAGGAAUUUGGUCAGCUCUACCCCGGAUGCACCGGUCUCCAGCGCGAGUUGUGCAAUUAUUAUGCUAUCAUUGUUCGAAUUUGCAUUAGAACAAUGGAGAUAUCGCGGCGGGCUCCAUUUUCCCAGAUCUUAUCGUCUAUUUUCAAUCCUUUCGAAUUCGAGUUCCAAUCACUCCUAAUUCAGCUCGAGCAAGCCGCAAAACAUGUGCGUCUAGAGAUUACAUUAGCCGCGAACCAGGCGAUCGAGGAAAUGAGGAACCUUCUGCAUUAUGAAACCCAAAGGAACAGGUACUUCCGCCGGCGCGCAUUGAACUUCCAUGAGCAAAGUCAGAAGGAGUACACACAAGCCAACGGAUGGCGCCUGAACAAGUUGAAAAGAGAAAACUCGAAAUUGAGAUCCACCAUCAAAGAUAAUCUCUCAACCAUCAAUUUUGUGAAGCCAUGGAAGCAGGCUUUAAGGCAGCGCGUUUCUUCUACGGCAGAGUGGCUUCAACAGGAAACCACCUUCUUUCGGUGGAAGGAUUCUCAAGAUAGUGCCGUUCUCUGGUGCCCAGGUAAAAUGGGUGUGGGAAAGACGACACUUAUGUCCAAUAUAGUGGCAUAUCUAUACAGAUCACGGGAGCCCAAUGAUGUUAUCUCAUACAACAUCUGCUGUGCCGAGGAAACGGCAUCCCUAUCGGCCAGAAGCCUGUUUGGAACAAUCGCCCGUCAAUUGCUAGAUUCGCAAAUUGAUCUUGAAGACAAUGCCAAGCUCCGAGAGCUCGAGGAUACCAGCGGCUGUCUGGACACAGAAGAUGUUAUCGACUUGCUUCUUUCAUACCUUGAGGGUAAGAAGCAGUAUUUCUUGAUUCUCGACGGGUUGGAUGAAUUUGAUAGCGCCGAGAUCAAAAAGGUGUCAUCAGAACUAGCUCGGUUAUGUAAAAGCCGUGAGAAAAGAUUCAAGCUGAUCUGCGCCGGUCGGUACGAGCUUGAAGAGAAGCUUUUCGGGGUUUUCAGACCUGACUUCACUAUCCCAAUCACGGGUGUAAACGUCGAGCGGGACAUAGAUCACUAUAUUUCGACUACCCUCGGUCGCUGUCUCGAGGAAGAAGAUCUGAAAUUAGGGGAUCCUGGUCUAAUAAUCAGGAUCUCCACGGCAUUACGGGAGGGAUCCAAUGGCAUGUUUCUCUGGACUCGUUUGUUCAUCGAAGACCUCUGCGCCCAAAGUUGCGACAACGACAUCAUAAAUGCCCUCAACAAUCUUCCACGUGGCUUGUUGGAAAUAUUUGAUCGCAGGAUAUCUCGGAUUUACGAUCGACAGACUAAUAACAACGCGAUCAAGGUGUUGCAAUACUGCGGUGUCUUCAAAAAACCUUUGACUGUCAUGGAGUAUCGAGAAGCGCUGAGUCUUUCUCCCGGACAAGAGUCCAUCGAACAUGGGAAAUUCCCCAGCGAUAUGAAUCACGUUUUCAGCGACUGUUGCGGCUUGGUGUAUAUUGACGAAGAAGAAGACACUGUCCAUUACGUUCACCAAAGUGUCAAGCAAUACCUGUUUACCACCAACAGCGCACACUUAAGAGAAUUCGACGUAGAAAAACUCGAUCGACAUCUCGGGUUUCUCUGCAUGACCUACCUGGAUUUUUCCGACUUCAAGCGUCAGUUGACGAGAGCCGACAAAAGCUCCAAUACUCGACUAAACCCGAUUCAGCUUGGUCUCUCGCGCAUACAUAGUCAUAAUGGUGCGACCAACCAAAUAGCACUGAAACUGCUGUCUCGUCGUCAUCAGCUGCAGGGCAUUAGUGCUCGAGAACUUGAAAACAAAAUUGAAGCGCUUCGCAAUGAGUUCAAAUCCCCCGGUCAGAUCCCGGUACAACACAAUGAAUUCCAGUUCCAUGAAUAUGCCGAGACAAAUUGGAUCUACCACACAACGCUCAUAAAUCCUGUAGUGCACCAGAAGAUAUGGAAGCUCUUCUGCCGAUGCAUGGAAGACGAUGAUAUAUCGGCACAAAAACCAUGGGAGCCCAUGCAGCGGGACCAAAAAGAACAAAGCCACAAUUCAACCUCAGUUCAGGCAAUGAUUAGUUCCGGGCAUCUUACGCUGUUGGUCUACAUUAUGCAACGUCAACCUCACAGUCUCACAGAGGAAGCGAUGUGUGAAAUCUUGAAGGGCUCCCCUAUGAAAUAUCGCUUUCGCUUUACGCACUUGAUCGUUGCAAGAGGAAGUUCCCUUGAGGUCUUGAAAUAUGGGGUGUUUUUUGCUGCUCAAUCAGGUUGCAUCUUUUCAUUGAAUCUUUCAAUUCGAGCUGGAGCCGACGUGAAUACUAUUCUUGACGACUGUUCGGUGCUAGAAGCUGCAGCAGGUGGCGGCCAUCUCAAAAUUGUGGAGCGAUUACUGAGCGAGAAAGCCGAUUUUGCUAGACCGAUUUCUUCACGCGGCAAAACAUGUCUACAUUUAGCAGCAGCUGGUGGCCAUCUGAAGAUUGUCGAGCGGUUGCUUAUGGCGGCCGAGGAAAUCAACUCAUUUGGGACACAUGACAAGGGAGGCAUAGCACUUCUAGCCGCUGCAAAGAGAGGCCAUUUGAAAAUAUUAGAGCGACUGUUAGCAGCCCAGGCGGUUCAUCAUAUUCCUGCACAUAGGAUGAUCGGAGAAACAGCACUCCAAGGAGCAGCGGCACACGGUCACUUGGAAACAGUAAAGAAACCACUCGCAGCUGGGGCGGAUUUUGGAUAUCAAGAAACAAUAUCCUCGGCUCUUGAGGUAGCAGUGGAGGGUGGUCACUUGGAAAUAGUGGAACGACUACUCGAAGCUCGGGCAAAUGUUAAGAGAAGUGUGUCCUGGGAAGUCUGGGGGGCAAGAGCUUUCCAAUUAGCAGUCAUAGGCGGCUACUGGAAAAUUGGGGAGAGGCUCCUCGCAGCCCGGGCCGAAGUCGCGGUGCCUGCGUCCGGAUACGACAGAGGAAGAGCAUUGCAGGCAGCAGCGGAGCGUGGCCACUUUGAAAUGGUGAACGUGCUACUCACAGAUCAGGUGAAUUUCGACGCCCCUGCACCCGGAGAGAUGAUGGAAACGGCAAUCAAAGCAGCAACACGAAACGGACACUCUGUUGUCGCUGGGAAAUUGAAGCAAGCUUUAUUGUUGAUUGAGCAGCUAUAA